AUGCGGCGGCAGCAGGGCAUGCCCCUCGAUGAGAGAUACGUUCCGUACCUGCAGAUGGCCGGAUUAUACCAUCUUGCGAGACUGAACGAUAGAUGGUUCCGAUUAGAUGAGUCCCUUUUGGGGUUGCCAGUGGACAGGCGCUAUGUCAGUGGUUGCCUUACAGACUUCCAGAUAUACAUCGAGGGUGGCCGUCCUGCCUGGGUGUGGUUCCAGGAGUUGCUAGGAGUGAUUCCUCCUCCGAGCCAAGUUCAGAAGUUUGCCGUAAACUGCACUUGGUUCCAGAAGACUUUUGGGGAGUGCCCAGCGGGAGCCGAUGAGGAGACUGUGCGGCGCUUUGCUCGUGCAUAUAUCAUGAUGUUGUUGGGUACUCAGCUAUUUGCCGACAAGUCUGGCAACCGCAUUCACAUCAGAUGGCUUCCCUACGUAGCUAGACUUGAGAAGAUGGGUACCUACAGCUGGGGUCCGCAGCACUAG